AUGGCCUCAGCACAAACCGAUGCGGGGAAACCUCCAUUUCCACCCUUCACACUUGAGACAGCUCAGAUCAAAGUCAAAGCUGCUCAAGAUAUGUGGAAUACCAGAGAUCCUCACAAGGUGAAGAAUGGUUAUACCUCUGAUUCCAUCUGGCGAAACAGGGAUACCUUCAUCAGGGGUACAGAUGAGAUUGUGGAAUUCUUGACAAAGAAGUGGGAAAGAGAGAACGGUUAUCGACUUAGAAAGGAACUAUUUUCUUUCACAGAAAAUAAAAUUGCCGUCCAAUUCUGGUACGAGUUUUAUGACACUACUGGUCAAUGGUGGAGGUGCUACGGUCUUGAAGACUGGACGUUCGCUGAGGAUGGACGCAUGAGAAAGAGGCAAAUGAGUGGCAACGAUGUUAAAAUCUCCGAACAGGAGAGAUGGUACAAGGACGGGGUUGAUGUCAACACUGUCGACAUCUCAGAAAAGCAUUGGUGA